AUGGACAGCGGCAGAAAGAAGAUAUCGAUGAAGUGGCGACGAACUGCGGUCACGUCACCCACACAUCUGCAGGAGAGAAAUGCUGGCUUGGGCACACCGACUCGCUUGAAUAUGUCACCAAAUGAAGAUUCAAACACUUUGCCCCUCAGUGACUCUCCAGGUCCUGAUGGUCUUGGAUCACUGAGUCUGGACACUCCCAAAAGAAAGGCAGCGGUGCUUGGUGAAAGCACGCCCUCUUUAGGCAAAGUUAAGCUGAGAAAGCUUUCCAAGAGAAAUAAAGCUAAUUUCCUAACUUCACAGGAGAAACCUAUGGACAACUCAUCCAAGCAGCUGGGAUCCACAGAGAGCCUGCAGGCGUCACCUCCUCUGUCUCACUCUUUUGUCUUGAAAAAGAACGAGAGGACACCUGAGGAGGGGUCAAAGGCCAUCUACAAGAGGGCAUUGAUUGCAGCCAUCGACAGCACAGCGAAUACCCCCCCGACUCGCACCAACAGCCUGUCGUUGCCAUUUGUAUCUUCACCAGUGAAGACCGACGAGGCCAGCCCGGCGUCACUUGACAGAACGGUCGUGAGUAUCAGCUGUUCCUCGAGCAAACCUGAGAACAAAUCUGAGGGCGCCAGCACUGACGAGGAUGAUCAGUGGUCCCCCUUUCGGAUAUCUAGUGACACAGAAGCCCAAGGUGACCACUCAGAGCUAAAAACAGACAGAAGGAGUGUUGUCAUUAAAGGAAGAGAUUCACCUGAGAAGUUUGUUGCUCAGGACUCACAGGUGUUUAUAGAGGCAACCUCCCAAGACAAGUUAUUUGCUGCAGAAGAUGAAGUGGAAGCUGAGGACUUUGGCUCUCCCCUCCCUGUCCUCGAGUAUAUCCCACAUUCUUCGUCUUAUUUUGGAACUCCUCAGAGAGGCAGCCGACAAUGGCAAAGUCCUUCAGUGAACACCCAGGAUGCUACAGCUUCCUCUCUCGCCUUCAUGUCCACUAAUAAAACCAGUGCGGCCAUGCAGGCAGCCGCCGGGGACAUGGCGAUGCCUUUCUCACCAUCACAAAGGAGCGUUUUUGUCUCAUACAAGCAGCCCUAUUCACCAAACAUGGGCCCUUCAGAGGCACCCAGAGCUGAGAAUGUUUGCUCCUCCAAUAUUAUGGCCCAUUUAUUGGAUCCCUUUGCUCUGCCACUACACUCCAACAGAGGAGUAUUGAACCCUUGCUACAGCUCCACAACCACGCGCAGACACUCGGAUACUGGCUCUUUUAUGCAUUACUCCCCCAGCUCCUUCACUCAUGGUGGCGCUCGUGAAAGAAGAUUAUCCAUGGGGGCAGAACGUGUGUGCAGCAGUUACCCCUACCUGGACAAUCAGGUUGGUUUCAUAGACACACACUGCCAUCUAGACAUGCUCUACGGAAAACUUGCCUUCGGUGGGACGUUCAGGAGCUUUCGAAGGCAGUUCCAAAGCAGCUUUCCUCCAGAGUUCAGAGGCUGCAUCGCCAACUUCUGCAACCCCGCGAUCAUGGUGAAGGAGGCCCUGUGGGAAGGUUUACUGGCUGAAGACAUGGUCUGGGGGGCAUUUGGGUGCCACCCCCACUUUGCCAAAGACUACUCCAAUGUCCAUGAACGCAACAUACUGAUGGCCAUGAGGCAUCCAAAAGCUGUGGCCUUUGGUGAGAUGGGCCUGGACUAUUCCCACAAAAACUCCACUAACGCCUCCAAGCAAAAACAGGUGUUUGAGCGUCAGUUGCGUUUGGCUGUGGCCAUGCAGAAGCCUCUGGUGAUCCACUGCAGGGACGCAGAUGAUGACCUGCUGACAAUCAUGAGGAAGUGUGUCCCUAGGGAGUACAAAAUUCACAGGCACUGUUUCACAAACAGUUAUCCGGUGAUCGAACCGUUCCUGGCAGAGUUCCCCAACAUGUAUGUGGGCUUCACAGCCCUGAUUACCUACCUCAGGGCCGUCGAGGCCCGAGAGGCUGUCCGCCAGAUCCCUCUUAACCGCAUUGUGUUGGAGACAGACGCACCAUACUUCCUGCCCAGACAGGUGAAGAAGGAUGUCUGCCGGUUUUCACAUCCUGGAAUGGGCAUCCACACUCUGCAGGAGCUGAGCCUGCUGAAGGGGGAAGACAUGGCCACGGUCCUCACCACCAUCCGAAACAACACCACUCAGCUCUACGGCAUUUGAUCUUCAGAAGUGAUGGAUAAAAACUAGCAAGCAACGAGCAAACAAAGUGUUUUUGAAGCUGGUUUGUGACACAAAUAUCUUAUGUGUCUUUUUGUUUUAGAGUUAUUAAUCGUCCAUGUGGGAAUGUCGGAAUAUGGAGUCUCAUUUUAAUCAACCCGAACGACUCUUGAAAACAGUGACUGAAAUGAAAAUGUCUCUUGUCUAAUCGAGUCACUGCAUAUCAUUGUUUAUCUAAUUAUAUUUGAGCUAAUUGUUCAUCAUAGAAAUUAAUUCCUGAGCAGUUUUGCUUUUAAGUUGUUUUUGCUGUGUUACCAUAAUUUGACAUCCCUUGCCUUGUUCUAAUUUGUCUGGAUGUUUGUGUUGUCUGUUUGGUUUGAUACACAUUAAAAGCCUUUAACCCUGCUUUUUUAUUGUAUUGA